CACUCUUUCAAGGACUCUCUGUCUGCAGACCUAAACAAAAACAUGGCCUCCAUAUUGUCUGAGGAGCAAUUUCAGUGCAGCAUCUGUCUGGACAGCUUCAAAAGCCCUGUCUCCAUCCCGUGUGGGCACAAUUUUUGCCUGGAAUGCAUCAAACACUAUUGGGAUGUGGCACAUAAGUCGGAGUGUCCGCUGUGCAAAGAAUCCUUCAGAAGUCGCCCUGAACUCAGGAUCAAUCAUGCCUUGAAAGACAUCACUGAAAAAUUUCAAAGAUCUUUGAAGGAAAAACCAGGAUACAGACCAGUACCAGCAAAGAGACAAAGCGUGCCACGACAGUCCUCCAAGUCUGAAGAAGAGAAGGAGAGCAAGAGGAUCAAGACUCAGAUAAAGAAGACCCAAGAGCAGUAUCAACAGAUGAUCCAGACCCGAAUCAGAAAGACCGAGGAGAUCAAACAGUCAAUGGAGCUGAGCAAAAGAAAUAAAGAAAGAGAGAUACAGGCCAGCGUUCAGGCUGCCACAAUGAUGAUAAGUGCCAUUGAGAGAAACCAGGCUUUGCUCAUCGAGGAGAUCGAACAGAAGCAGGAGGUGGCUGAGAAGAGAGCAGAGGAGCUUCUCAAGGAGAUCAGCCAGGAGAUCAAUGAGCUGCAGAAGAGACGCAGUGAGCUGCACCUCCUGGAGCACAUUGAGAACCCAGUUCAACUCCAGCAGAACUUUUUACGUCUGAAUGCUCCGAUGUCCGUCAAGCACUGGGCUGACGUCAGAGUCCAGUCGGACAGCUACGUGGGGACUGUGAGGAGAACUUUCUCCAAACUGGUCGACAUCUGCCAGGAACUGGAGAAGAAACUGUGUGCAGAGGAGGUAAGCAAGAUUAAUAAAUAUGCAGUGGAUGUAACUCUGGAUCCUGUUACUGCUGCUGGCUGGGUGGUCCUGUCCCCGGAUGGUAAAAAGGUGAGCCUGAGCUCCCAGCAGUGGAGGAACCCGCUACCUGACGACCCCCGCAGGUUCAACUCCUGCGUCGCCGUGCUGGGAAAACAAAGCUUCACAUCUGGGAAACGUUACUGGGUGGUUCAGGUUGGGGAUAAAAGAGACUGGGAUCUUGGGGUGGCCCGGGAGUCCAUCAACAGGAAGGGCGCCAUCACAGUUCGCCCUGACAACGGUUACUGGGCGAUAUGCCGACGUAACGGUGGUAGCCUGUGCGCCUGCGCUGGACCCUCCGUCACUCUUCACCUUAAAGAAAUUCCUCAGAAAGUUGGUAUAUUCCUGGACUAUGACGAAGGCUCGGUGUCCUUCUACAACACAGAGGCAAAGACUCACAUUUAUACUUACAGCGGGCUCACUUUCACUGAGCCGCUGUAUCCGUACUUUAACCCCUGCCUUCAUGACAACGGGAAGAACACGGCCCCGCUGGUUAUCUGCCCGAUCGAGGCUGGGAUCACUGUAGACACUUCAGCACGUUGAACAAGAGACUCGGAUCCUUGUUAAAACCUCGAGAGCAUCCACAUUAGUUGUCUGGAUAAGUUGUAAUCUGUAAAUGCAAACAAAAGGCACUGGGAGCAGAAUGAAAGACCAAGAAUAGGAGAAAAUAUUCUUCUCCCAAGUGUAAAGCGAACACCCUGAAUAUUAUCCUGGUACAGACUGCAAGCCCAAGCUUAGCUCCUGCAAGGUGUUUGGACAUAUUUAUUUAUUUAUUCCAGUCAAAAGUCAUAGUUUAACUGUGAGGUUUGCUAAUGUAUCUUAAUCUUCCUGAUAAUAUCUAUAAAGAGGUUUUAAAAAAGAACUAAAGACCCAAGCAAGGGUUCAUCUGAACCAUCCACUUAUGUCUACUAAGGUAGGACAAAUAUAUGUAAAUGGGGACAAAACUUCCACUGAUUACUGACACUGUUCUCUGACAAUGACACAUUAGUGAUGGUGUAGGAACUAUAGGAUAAAUCUUUACACGAUCACUGUGGAUAUCACUGCAUGGAUCCUGCAUUCAUGUUAAAAUUAUAGUCUACAUUUUGGCACUACUCAUUCUUUGGUAAUUUAAUGUUAUAUAAUUUAUAUUAUAGCUCGAGGACUAAUUUAUAAGAACUUUAUGACUCUAACUUUUAUUCUGUUUAAGGUCAGGGACAAUUCACAUAAUUGCAUGUCUGUUUUUAGUUGGUAGCAUUCAACUCAGUUUUACUUAUACAGCGCCAAAUCACAACAACAGUCGCCUCAAGGCGCUUUAUAUUGUAGGGUUUACCUUAGAAUAAUAAAUACAGAGAAAAACCCAACAAUCAUAUGACCCCCUAUGAGCAAGCACUUUGGCAACAGUGGGAAGGAAAAACUCCCUUUUAACAGGAAGAAACCUCCAGCAGAACCAGGCUCAGGGAGGGGUCAUCUGCCACAACUAUUUGGGGUGUAGAUCAUAAUACUACAGUAAUAUAUUAAUAUCAGUAUAUCUUGUGCGUGUAAGACAUCUAGUAUAUGUAAUUUCUUGUCAUCAUUGUAAAAAUUUGGAUUAUUGUGACGUAUUUAAGAUGAAAUAAAUGUGAACUGAAUCCCU